CAGGUUCUAAAUGGCUUCUAAGAAGUUGGCAUCUGACUCUCAUGGGCCUUUCAGUUAUCUUGACGAUGUCCCAUUUAAGAUAGGAGACAAAUUCAAAACAUCAGCAAAAGUUGGAUUACCCAUUGGUUUCUAUUUGCCUGAUUUUUCUCAGCUUGUCAGAAAAGCUCAGUAUGACUUCUCAUUGGAAAAAAAAACAAUUGAGUGGGCUGAAGAUAUCAAAAAAAUUGAAGCUGCCCAGAGAGAAGCUGAAUGCAAGGCAGAAGCAGCACUAUUGAACUCAAAAGCAGCUCCAGGUGUCAACAACAAAACGAGAUUCUCAGAAGAAUCUUUCCCUGAGGCCAUGCCUCCUCCCAUUAACCCCAUCCUCGCUAGCCUGCAGCACAAUAAUAUUCUUACUCCCACGCCAGCCAACAGCAGCUCUCUGAAGCAAAAGGUUCUCAGUCCACCUUGUCCAAAAGCAGACUUCAACCCAGCUGAUUUUGAAUGUGAAGAAGACCCAUUUGACAAACUGGAAUUAAAAACUAUCAAUGAUAAGGAGGAAUUAAAAAAUAUUCUUGAAAUUCAUGUUGGUACUACUGAGCCAGUUGUUGCCCAGCUGUUAGAUAACACUUUGCCCAAAGGAGGAUAUGAGUCUGUGUUACAAGAUGAGAAAGUUCUGGCAUCCAUAGAAAGGGGCGCAUUGGACUUCAAACCCCUUCAUAAACCCAAUGGCUUUAUCACUUUACCACAGUUGGGAAACUGUGAAAAGAUGUCCUUGUCUUCCAAAGUGUCCCUGUCCCCUAUCACUUCAGUGAGCAAUAUCAAAUCCUUGUCCUUUCCUAAACUUGACUCUGAUGAGAAUGAUCAAAAAUCAUCAACGUUCACAAACACUUUUCACAGCACUACCUGUCUCCACAAUGGCAGUUUUCUCAGCUCUAUGCAGACCUGUGCUCAGAGUAAAUCUGGUGAACUGACUGGACACCACAUGGUUGGUCAUUCCGCUGUAAAUGAGGACAGUGACAUGGAGACAUCAAAGUUAUCCUCUUCAUCCAGGCUACCUUCCUUGACUGUGUCAACAGUUUGUACAGAAGAAGAAUCAUCUCAAAACACAGCGACUAUGGUACACCCAGACUAUAAGAAAACAGAAAUCCCUGUGGUAACGCACCAAAAUUUCUCACUGUCUAAAGUUCCCAAUAACACCAGUCACACAAAGCAGUCAGGUGGCCCCGCUCCUGAACUACAGCAUGUCCUCUCUGCUAGUGAGAGGCAGUGCAUAGAGAUGGUCGUCAACAUGGGGUACUCACCUGAAAACGUCCUUAAAGCCAUGAAGAAGAAGGGACACAACAUAGAGCAGGUUUUGGAUUACCUGUUUGCACAUGGACAGCUUUGUGAGAAGGGCUUUGAUCCUCUUCUUGUUGACGCAGCUUUGGAAAUGCACCAGUGUUCAGAGGACAAGAUCACAGAACUCCUACAACUAAUGAGUCAAUUUAAAGAAAUGGGCUUUGAACUAAAAGACAUUAAGGAGGUCUUAUUAUUGCAUAACAAUGAUCAACACAACGCUUUGGAAGAUCUAAUGGCCCGUGCAGGAGCCAGUUGAAAUACAUUCCUGGAUUCUUGGUGUGCAACAGAGCAGGACCAGCCCUGCUACAUUCACAUCCAAUGUGACUUGCUCUCUGCAAGAAGGAGUCCAGCUUUUCACAUACAAGGGAGAGUGACUGAGCAAGCCCACCCACAUGCAUCACUAGCAUUUCACUUUCCACUGAGAGGCAACUUUCUUUCUUAAAUUAGUUGUUUUUAGUGUCCUUUCCCAAGUUUCCUUUUUCCAUCUUGGCCACAGAGAAUUUAGACUGCCCAACCUCUGCUGGGAAUGUACAUACCUAGAGACAGGGAGUGUUUUUUCCCCCUUCACUGUUGCACUGGAGUUGGACAGAAGAAAUUUGUGUUGGUUAUGAAACUAGUUUUUUUGAAGCUUUUUUCAUGGUGUCUGCUUGUACUGAAUUACUUGACUGUGUCAUAGUCCAGAUUAAUUGGUUACAUUUGAUGGAAUUUUAUUUUUUGGUUGAAAGUCUGUAACUUAGUAAAACACUGGUUCAGAAACUGUUGCUAUGCAUAAAGAGAGAAGCUGUUCCUCUUGUG